GUAAAAUGGAGCAAGUCAAUGCAGCCGAUAGUAUAUGUUCAGAAGAUUGUUGCAAUUAGAAAACCGAUUGUGUUUACAAUGAAGUUCGCAAAAGUUUGUGUUAGGAAUAUCCGUUUUUUUACUUUUCAGCUUUUAUUUCCCUUUAGUAUUCGUAACUUUUGUUCACUUGGUCACAAGCCGAAAAUAAGAUUUCGUUAUGCAGAAGAAAAAGCCAAGAUUGCAGGAGAGCAACCGGCCGUUAAGAUGAACGAGAAAAUGGUUUCUUUGUUGAGUCGUGAGAGCGUGAAGCCUACCCAACCGCGUAUAGAUAGGAAAACAAGCCGGCUUGAAAAGGCCCCAAAGCGAAUGUCUGUGAGUAAAGAAGAAAUGGAAGUUGUACAGUUGGGUGGAGCGAGGCCCUGAUUUGAAGAGGUUUUCAGUGUCUUC